AUGGCUAUACUCGAGGCCGUGAUCAACCGCUCGAUUGGCUUGACCCACGUCCUUCUCACAAUUGCGCUUCUCUACGGCGGUGUACUUUUAUAUCGAGUAUACUUCAGCCCGCUGUCCAAGUUCCCUGGCCCAAAGCUCGCUGCCGCCAGCAGUUGGUAUGAAUUCUACUACGAAUUCAUCUACAAAGGCGGCUCUCAAUUUGCAUUCCAUAUCGACGAACUCCACCAAGAAUACGGCCCGUUCGUGCGCAUCACUCCAUGGGAGAUACACGUCAACGACUUCCGACACUACGACUCGAUCUACUCGUUCCAGCUCCAUCACGACAAGCCCGAGCACCUGAAAUGGCGUGCUGGCCAGCCAAACUCUGUCUUUGCGACUCCCGAUCAUAAUCUUCACCGCCGACGAAGAGCUGCUCUCAACCCAUACUUUUCCAAGUCGCGGGUGGCUUCAUUCGCACCGUACAUCCAGGAACGCCUGAACAGCAUGUGUCAACGCGUGCAGCGCGAGUUUGCCGGGAAGGAGAAGGUUCUGAAUUUGGGCGACAUGUGGGGAUGUCUCGUGGCCGAUACGAUAGCGCACUAUGCUUUCCACAGAGAGUAUAAUUGGGUCAACACCGCCGUCAACUUCCAGUGUCCGUUGCUAGAGCAGGUUGACGUCUUCGCAGACAUUAUGGACACUGUGCCCCAUUUUCCGGUCAUCGGCAUGGUCCUCUACUACAUGCCGCCCUGGCUGAUCAGGAUCAUGGUCCCGGCAUUGAGCGGAGCAAUGGAUUUCCUCAACGAAAUCGAGUCUAACGUCAAUCGCAUCAAGUCACCAGACUUCAAGCCGCUUCAGGGGGAGAAUCAAAACAUCAUGUAUGAGCUGUACCACUCGGAUUUGCCCGAUACGGAGCGAAGGCAAGCACGUCUUGUCAGCGAAGGACUGGGCGUCGUCUCCGCCGGGCUGGAAACGAGUAAGACGGCGCUGGAGAGAGCUACGUUUCGAAUCCUCAACGAUCCGGCUGUACACAAGAGGCUGAAAGACGAGCUGACGGCCACAUGGCCCGAUACCAAGGAUGCGGCCCCAGAACUCUCCACGCUGGAGGCUUUGCCAUAUCUCACGGCUUGCGUAGAAGAAGCAUUUCGCUUGGCUUAUGGGACUCCUACUCGACUUCCUCGUGUCCCUCGUGAGCCAUUGACGCUUGGGGACAGGGUUAUUCCUCCUGGAUACAUGGUCGCCACCCAAGCGUUGACCGUCAUGCACGAUACCGAAGUAUUUCCCAACCCCAUGGAAUACAUCCCCGAGCGAUGGAUGGAUCCCGUCACCCACCCGAAUCUCAAGAAACACUUGGUGACGUUCGGAAAGGGAACUCGCGUAUGCAUUGGCCAGCAAAUGGCCUACGCCAUUAUGACUCUGGGCAUUGCAAAUGUUGUCAGGCGUUUCGACCUCACCCUUUUUGAGACGGAUAGGUCCGACGUUGAUCUUGUCCGGGCAAGCUUCAAGCCAAGGCCGAAGAAAGGAAGUUUGGGAAUCCGCGCGUUGGUGCAGGAUGUCGUGGUUUGA